CUUCCCUUCAUAGUUUCAUCUCUCUCUCUCUCUCUGUCUCUCUAAUGGGCAACUACAUCCCACGCCGGGCUUCAUACAACACUGGUAAGGUCAAAGUCAUACUGUGUGAUGGGAAAGUUCAUGAGUUUGAUCAACCUUUGGCUGUUGCAGAGCUUAUGUUAGAGAACCCACAACAAGUUGUGGUUGAAUUCCAAUCCCUCAUGGCUGGAAACUGGAGACCAGUACCAUUACCCGCAGAUAAGAAACUGGAGACCUACAAAAUCUAUCUAAUGCUACCAAUGAAGGGAGGGAAGGCAGCAGCAUUAUCAGCAGAAGACGCACGCCAUAUUCUUUCAAAGGCCAAGUUACUCUUAAGAUCACAGUCUUUUCUGUCGCCGGCAAGGAUUCUCCCCUUGUUGGCCAGAAUAUGUCCAUCUGGAAUAGGAAUGGAAGGUGAUGUGGUUGUGUCUCAUGGGCAGGAUUGUAGUCAGCUGGAGAAACCAGAGGUCUACAAGCUGGAGACUCUGUUGGAGGCAUUUGAGGAGAGGCCAGAGUUUCUGAGCAGGCAAUUCUCUGGUAAGGGAUGGAAGCCCACCUUAGACACCAUCAAGGAGAAAGCUAUAGAGAAGAAGGCCCCUCAUUGGUUGUUUUAGUAACAAGUUAAGAGGCAUUUCUCUGUAUGAAAAUGUAAUCUUGCCUUAUAUAUAUCUAUGCCCUGCAUA